ACCACUUCACUCAUUCAGCUCAGCCCCCGCAACGUUUAGCCGAGAAAAACCAAGCUUCAAGUCUUAAGAGCAGAAUGCAGCGUUUCAGGGAAGGCAUCCACAUACGCACCAUGAAGGCCAAGAGGAAAGUGGAGGAGAUUUCUAAAGAGGACGUCAAAACUUUCUUGAAAAAGAAUGCCUUUGUUCUCUUCACAGUUGGUGCAGUUAUUGCAGGUAUUAUUCUGGGAUUUGCCUUGCGCCCCUAUAAGAUGUCUUAUCGAGAGGUGAAAUACUUCUCUUUCCCAGGAGAAUUAUUGAUGAGAAUGCUACAGAUGCUUGUCCUACCCUUGCUGAUUUCCAGUCUAAUAACAGGAAUGGCCGCUUUGGACAGCAAAGCCUCAGGGAAGAUGGGCAUGAGAGCUGUGAUUUACUACAUGACCACUACUUUUAUCGCAGUCUUCAUUGGCAUUCUUGUUGUCCUCAUCAUCCACCCAGGAAAGGGGUCUAAAGAUGAAUUUGGAAACCAGCAAAAAAUAGAGCAAGUCAGUCCUGCAGAUGCGUUUUUAGAUCUGAUCAGAAAUAUGUUUCCUCCAAACCUGGUCCAAGCUUGCACACAACAGUAUAAAACCAAAUAUGGAAAGCGAACUGUUCAUGUGACGGUGACAGUGACAGUGAACGACACCCUCUUCAACACGACCAACGGCACCCAGGAGGUGAUGGAGAUCAGCCGAGAGGAAGUGGUUCCAGUGCCCGGUCAGGUGAAUGGCGUAAACGCGCUCGGGCUGGUGGUCUUCUCGAUGUGUUUCGGGCUAAUAAUUGGCAACAUGAAAGAACAAGGCCAGCUUCUGAGGGAUUUCUUUGACAGCCUCAAUGAAGCGAUCAUGCGCUUGGUUGCCAUUAUCAUGUGGUAUGCCCCCAUUGGAAUUUUGUUUCUAAUUGCAGGGAAAAUAGUGGAGAUGGAUGAUCUGACACAGAUGGGGGGCCAGUUGGGAAUGUAUACCAUCACGGUUAUCAUCGGCUUAAUGAUCCACGGCGUUCUAAUUCUGCCCACUCUAUAUUUUGUCAUCACUCGGCAGAACCCUUUCAUUUUCAUAGCUGGCCUUCUACAAGCUCUGGUCACAGCAUUGGGCACCUCCUCCAGCUCUGCCACACUCCCUGUCACCUUCAAAUGUCUUGAGGAGAACAACAAAAUUGACAAGCGAAUCACUCGCUUUAUUUUGCCGGUGGGUGCUACCAUCAACAUGGACGGUACCGCCCUAUACGAGGCUCUGGCAGCUAUUUUUAUUGCUCAAGUCAACAACAUGGAGAUGAACUUCGGUCAAAUAAUCACAAUCAGUAUUACAGCAACUGCGGCAAGUAUUGGUGCAGCUGGCAUCCCACAAGCAGGCCUGGUCACUAUGGUGAUUGUAUUGACCUCUGUUGGACUUCCAACUGAUGACAUCACUCUAAUCAUUGCGGUCGAUUGGUUCCUGGACCGUCUGCGUACCACCACCAAUGUUUUGGGGGACUCGAUUGGAGCGGGCAUUGUUGAGUUCCUCUCCCGGAACGAACUCAGCAGCAAAGACGUGGAGAUGGGAAACUCUGUGCUCGAGGAGAAAGAGAGGAAGAAGCCUUACAAGCUCAUCUCACAAAAUAGCGAUUUGGAAAAUAACAGGUGUGGUCACAACGAAUCGAGCAUGUAGUUUACUACUUUGCUCUCUUUUAGCGUAUUGGUGAGGCUGAUGCUGUUUAGUUUUUGUGUUUUUUCUACAUUUUGAUUUCACACUGCCUUUGCUUUUUGUUGUGUUUGAAUAAUGACAAAUGACAAACAUUCCUCUUCCAUUCAAAAAGUGAAACAAAUGGAACUUAUUAGUUAGUCUCCGAUAGUGGUGGUGGUUUAUUACAUGAAUAAAUGCUCUUUAAUGUAAUUUUAAUGCAAAGAUGGGGUCAGUGUAGCUUUGUGCGCAGCUAAAUACAACAUUUGAUUGAAGAGGAAGUGAAGGUCUGUUAAAAAUAAACUCCACUAAAAGCUGCUAUGUCAACAGGAAGCAAAUUGAGGACUAUCAGUGCAAGAUUAUGAGACUAUACUUCUUAUACUUUCACCAACAUUUUUUUCAAAUCACAUUCUGUAGUUCAUGGGAACGCUUAGCAGAGUUUGUCGAGUCUUCUUCUCACAUCUCCGGCAGAGUUUUACAUGAAAUGUGUCUGUGAAAGUCUGACUAGGCCAAAUCCCGUGACUCUGUGGUUGCAAGGCAGUCGUUGCAAGUCAUGGCGGCAACGCUUCAAACCUGAUGGUGGACACCAGAAGUUAAGAUGGCCGUCAAGCUGGGUAAGAAGGAGUCUUAUGCCAUGAUGUCUUCUGGGACUCCUGAAGCAUGUGACAGGUACUGACAGGUUAAGCAGAGUGUGUGCGGUUGGAGCAAAAAACUGCGGUGUGAGAGGAAAGUUCAGUAAGGUCAUGGAGCACAAAUUUUGGUCGGCUCCUAAGAGGUACAGUAAUACCUCAGGUGAGGCAGUCCCCACUGUGGUGAAGAAGGCCUGCUGACCUCAAUUGUCGGGAAUUCUUCUUAAUCUCACUGACACACUUUCUCAAGAGGAAUCAACGUCUGCGGACACGAACGCGGACAUGUCUAUUUCUGGGGCUGAGAUAUCUGAGGUAGUCAAAACCUCCACAGUGACAAGAUGCGCUGGUUGACAUUGUGUGGAAGUCAGAAAUAGUAGCUCUGGAUUGGCAGACCGGAGUGCCGGUCCUCCUUUCGUCUGACCAUCCGUUAGUUAAACCUUGGGUACAGAAGAUGAAAUGUGUUUUUCAUCCGAGCCAUAAAAACACUGGAUCAACUCUAGACUAUUGCAAGGUACCGGGGGGUGCAUGGUUGUUUGCCCAACCAGUCCAUAUGUGUUUUGUGGAAUUGGAAAAUAUAUUUGACCAUGUCAGGGUGUAUUGUGCAGGGUGCAUCAGGAGUAUAGGGUUCAUGUGCCACUCUGUUCUAGUACAACUAAAGAAGGAGUCUAGUUUGCAUUGCCGGCGGUAAGUAGAGCCUGUUCACAGUGACUUUUGGCCUUUGUCAAAGCUGCCCUCUGUCAUGGUUCUGUUUAUUAUUUUUAUAGACAGAAUACAUAGUUGCACCCAAGACAUUGGGGAUGUCUGGUUUGGGGGCUUUCGGAUUUAUGGGGUCCUGAUGGCCUAAUCUAGUUGUGACUUUCAUACUGUGGUGGGUUUUUUAAGCUUUCUUAAUGACAGUACGCACCACCGAAUUUAAAGCUAUGGUUCUCAGCCGGAAAAGGGUGUAUUGCACCGUUUGGGUUAAGAGUGAGGUUUUGUUCCUAUCUCGAAACCCUAGUCAUGGGUGAGGAAAGGCUGGAGCUUAAGAUUGACAGGUGCAGCAAAUCCAGUAAUGUGGUCACUAGGGAUGGGAAUCAAAACCGGUUCCCAGUUUAUCAAUUCCUUGGUAUCGCUUGCUAAUUUUUCAAACGAUCCCCUUAACGAUUCCUGUGGGUAGGAAUGACAUCACUACGCAAAGUGCGUAGUCUUACGCAAUGUGCGUAGUGAUGUCAGACAGCGAGAAACAUGGUGUCCAGGUGGUGGAAACGUUUCAAAGUUUGGCUAUAUUUACUUACUAACACCGCCUAUCAUGUCAAAGCUGCUAUUAUCUCUUGAAAUUAAUGCCUUCCCAUUUAGAUGACAGAUUGUAACUACGGAUGUCACAGAGCAGUGACUAAGUUUGUGGUCAAAAGCUUGCACCCAUUUGCCACAGUAGAUCAUGCUGCUGAUUUUAGGUAGGUGGAUUUUCAGUUAUAGUCAGAGAAAAGUUACAUGUUUUCCCCCAACCGGAUUGUCAGUCAGUAACAGUGGGAACACUGUUACCUUUUUAUAAUUGAGCAGUAUCUUCAGUCCCGAACUGUAGUUUGGGACAUACCGACCUCUUUAGUUGGCUCUGUGAGUCGGUAACCAACUAAACGAGUUCACAGACUUGAUUCUUAAAAAUGAUAAAGCCGCUUUUCCCUGCAGGAUUCAGGCUUUAUUUUUCAUGUCAAACACGGCAGUUUUCCAGCACUUAUAACUUUUAUAGCAACAACUUUUCCUCUCACCUGCUACUCACACACCUCUUUCUCUAUCCCCACCCACUUCCUCUCUCAUUAUGCACCCGCCCACAGGUCAGGUCACAGUUCACAGAGGACCCCAAACGUAGCUGACCCGGGCUAUGCCUGUAACACCAUUAUAUAUUUUCCAGGGAGAUAACGAAAAUUUCCAACCCUAAAAAUAAACCCCCAAACAGAGAUAGUUUAAGUAAAUGUUAAUGUACUGUAAUUGUCACAUUUGUGGGUAAUUUUCACGUUUUAUUUUGUUAACGUAAAUUCUGCAGAAGAACAUUUUUAUUUAUUAUAUUUAUUUUCAAGAAAGGUAUAUUUUUUGGUAUGUGCCUCUUGAGACCUCACUGUUGGCUUUAUAAGGUUAUGUUACUUCUAAACUAAACAAAGUUGAUGCUAAUCCACCUUUUUGUCCCCCCACCCCAAAUAAGAAUCGAUAAGAGAAUCGAUAAAGAACCGAAUCAUUAGCAGAAACAAAAGCGGAAUCAGAAAAUAAUCUUAUCAAUUCCUAUCCCUAGUGGUCGCUGUAAAAAGAGAAAGCUGAACCAGAAUGCAAAGCUGACCUACAGAGCAUCCGACAAGUAUUCACACCCCUUUAUUUUUUCCACAUUUUGUUAUGUUGCAGCCGUAUGCCAAAAUGGAGUAAAUUUUUGUCGGUGAAAUUCUACAGACAAUAUCCCAUAAUGACAAUGUGAAAAACUUGUUUUAAUUUAUUUUACAUUUACCAAAUUUACUAAAAAAAUAAACAAAGUCACAUUGGAGUAUCCACAGCCUUUGCUCAGUACUUUCUUGAUGCACCUUUGACAGCAAUUACAGCCUAAAGUAUUUUUGAAUACGAUGCCACAAGCUUGGCACACCUAUCUUUGGGCAGUUUUGCCCAUUCCUCUUUGCACAUUCCUCUCUGCAGCACCUCUCAAGCUCCAUCGGGUUAAAUGAGAAGCAAUGGUUUCCAUCCAGAAUGUCUCUGUACAUUGCUGCAUUCAUAUUUCCCUCUAUCCUGGCUAGUCUCUCAGUUUCUGCUAGAAAACAUCCCCACAGCAUGAUACUGUCACCACCAUGCUUCACUGUCGUGGCCUGUUGAUUAGCGGUGCCUGGUUUCCUCCAAAUAUGAUGCCUGGCAUUCACGCCAAAGAGUUCAAGCUUUGUCUUAUCAGACCAGAGCAUUUUGUUUCUCAUGGUCUUAGAUUUUUUCAGGGCAUUUUGGCAAACUUUUGACCAAGAAUUGGCUUCCUUCUGGCCACUAUACCGUACAGGUCUGAUUGUUGGAUUGGUGCAGAGAUGGUUGUUCUUCUGGAAGGUUCUUUCUCCACAUAGGAAUGCUGCAGCUCUGACUGAUGGACAAUCAGGCUCUUAGUCACCUCCCUGACUAGGCUAUGACAACUGCAGCAAUCCACAGACACACCAUGGAUGACUGAAGGAGGUCUCUGGAGACCGUUAAGUCUGGGUUUCCCGGCUAAGACUGCCAAACCUGAGAUCCAGAACUGGAUAAGUGGAAGAAAAUGGAUGGAUGAAAUUAAUUAAAUGUAAAUAUAUUUAUAUAGAUGCAAUGAUGUUUUCCUAAGGUGUGGUUGUGUGUAACUCUUUGGCAGGCUGUAUACAACAUUACUAUUUUAUAAUACUAUUAUUUCAUACAUAGCUAGCUUGAAAAAAAUGUGUGGCUAUUAACAUUUUUAAUCAAUGCAGUUCCUUUUCGGGUGAGACAAAUAAAUACUGUACAAAAGGUUGAAAGAUUGGUUGUUCAUUGAAACAUUGAAUGUUCAUUGUUGUAUUAAUUUUAUUCAUCAAUAUUUUAUACAAUAUUAGAAGUGGUAAAUGUUUGUCA